AUGAGCCCAUCAGGCCUAGGUCUGACAACACCAAAGCUCCCUCAGGUGGGUCCAUUCCGCAUUAUAUUGUGUCUGCAUGAGGGGUUGUAUCGAGUCAGGAGAGAGGAUGUAAGAAUCUUAAUAUACUGAGGAGCAGACAUUGUGUGUGGACUAGGCUAUCCAGGUAGUCUAGGUAAAUCCUACCUGUUGAAUGGUUUGAUCUUAGGGUGAUUUUUAGCAGCAUGCAGUUAGAAACUGUUACAAUAAAAUAAAGACUCUUCAUCAUCAGGUUGGUUAACAUUAAAACAAAUCUCUGUGUCUCUGUUUGUCCCAGCUGACCGGCGAGCUGCCACAGCAUAGUGCUGCCGCUGCACUAAGGGACUCCGUUGUCUGGGAGCCUUCUUUCUCCACAUGUCAGGAGCCCUCCAGCUCUACUCCGAACAAUGGGACCCCCUGGUCCGAGGUAGUGGUCCGCAGUCGGAAGAAGGCUCCUGGCAGAACUCCGUGCAGGGUUUCCUCCUCUGUCUGCACCCCCCUCUCCAACAAAUAUUCGGCUCUAUCCAUGAGCGUGGAGCCACUGGUCCAGGGCCCUGCUGAUUCCAAGUUCUCCCCGAAGGAUGCUGCGCCCCCACUGAUAGAUGUCAUCCUUCCCUCCACUCAUGGCUGCCUGUGCCCCACAGGAUCAAUGUCCAGCACCGGGCCAUCCAGCACUGUGCCACUCGCCUCCGUCCCCCUGCCCCUCAAACCAGUGGAGGCGACUCCUGAAGGACGCGGUGCGAUAGCACACUGGACGUCCUCACUCCCGGGCGCCUGA